AUGUCAUACUAUCCUCCUCAGCAGCACCAAUAUGCUCCUCCUCCCUCCUCGCCUCCUCCUACGCAGACCACUCACUCACAAUCCGCAUACUACCCUCCUCCACCACAGACAGGAAGCCCUCCUCAAGCAGGGACCUCAUACCCCCCUCCACCACAGCCCAACUCUCCCCAAGCCCAGCAACACUACCAAGCUCCCCCUCAACAGCAAGUCCCCGCACAAGUGCAACAGCACUACCAAAGCCCACCCCAAAAUUUCUCCCACCGCACAUCCUACCAGCAACCGGUAGCUCCGGCCCAGGGACAGGUAUCCCCCGCUUACGAGCAGCCUCCCCAGCAGGCUUAUGCGCAUUUAGAGGAAGAACGUCCGCCUGAAAAUCCGGCUCUGGAUACAAGUGCGGCUCAGAACUUGGACCAUGGAGCGCCGGCCGCUGAGCACUUUAUUGGAGCCAGCACGAGCCAGGAUGAUGUCGGGACAUUCAAUGGUGGAAGCUAUAGGAUCAGUCACCGAGAUACGAAUAGUAUCCUCACGUGUCAGCUGGCGAUAGGGUGCCCGCUGAUUGCGCGACCUGGCGCAAUGAUCUCUAUGACACCAACAAUAACACUCAAAGGUAACGUCAAGUUCUCGAUGAAGAAACUCAUCACUGGUGGUGAUAUGACACACUCGACGUUCACUGGCCCGGGAGAACUCCUCCUCGCUCCGCCCUCAUUGGGCGAUAUUACAAACAUCCAUCUUGCAGGCAGUGAGCAGUGGUCUGUAGGCCGCGAUGCGUUCUUAGCCUGCACGCAAGGAGUGGUCAAGGAGUAUAAGCGACAGGGUAUCGGAAAGGCGAUGUUUUCUGGUGAGGGGCUGUUUGUCUACAAGAUAAGUGGGAACGGGCUGUUGUGGAUCACGAGUUUGGGGGCGAUUAUUAGGAAGGAUCUGGCGGAUGGCGAGAAGUAUAUUGUGGAUAAUGGCCACCUAGUGGCGUGGAACACGAAGUAUAUCCUUGAGCGUGUGGCUUCGGGUGGUAUUAUUUCCGGUUUUUCGUCUGGUGAGGGGCUGGUCUGCAAAUUUACUGGUCCUGGGACGGUGUUUAUGCAGACGAGGAACCCGACUGCUUUCGCUCAGUGGCUCUCUACGCAUGCUGCUGCUGCGUAA